AUGUUUAUCACAGAUAAAACCCUCCUCCACAUGCCAUAUAUCUGCGUGCUCAGCAUUACGGUGCUCUUAACAUACAAAGUCUGGCAUAACUAUGCCCAAAGAGGGAAGCUCCCGUUGCCGCCCUGUCCCCCUGGCAUUCCCAUCUUGGGAAACUUGAUUGAGUUUGUCAAAGACGCCAAGAAAGCAUCGCAGCAUCUGUUGCUUCAAAGGUGGGCAGAGAAGUAUGGGGAUAUCAUCGGAGUCAAAAUUGGACCUAUGAUCGAAUACUAUCUCAGCUCGGACCGGGCAGUGAAGGAAAUAUUCGAUCGUGCAUCUGCCGCAACUGCCGAACGGCCUCGUUGGAUCGUCAGCAAUGAGCAAAUUUGCAAUAAAAUGAACGUGCUUCUUCUGAAUGCCAAAACCGGACUCGCGCAAAUUUUAGGCACUCUUCCCGGGGCAUAUAUGGUUGACGUGCUACCAUUUCUGGAUUCACUUCCCAUGCUUUUCAAACCUUGGGAGCGGAAUGCCAGGGCACGAUUUAGAAGGGACUUGGAAUGGUGCAUGGAACGCCUGAAUUCCGGUGAUCCAGAAAUCCCGCAAGAGGGCUUUCUUCAAACUCUUCUGCAGGAUUCAAAUAAAUUCGGAGUUGAGCCGGAGGAAGCAGCGUAUCUUUCUCUUAUGGUGGUCAUGGCGGCAGCAGACACGAGUCAAAUGUCAACUUGGUCUUUUCUCGAAGCUAUGCUUCAAUUUCCGGACGUCCAAAAAAAGGCUCAAAAGGAAAUCGACGAUGUUGUUGGUGACCGAAUACCCGUGUUUGAGGAUCUUGACUCUAUUCCAUACGUGCGCUGCAUUAUGAAAGAGGUCUGGCGCUGGCGCCCACCGGUUGCGUUAGGUCAUCCCCACGUAACCACAAAGGAACUCGAAUAUGGAGGCUACCGUAUCCCGAAGGGCUCAAGAAUUCAUAUCAAUGCAUGGGCCAUCGGACACGACGCCAAUCGCCACGAAGAUCCAGAGAGAUUUUGGCCGGAACGAUAUUCUCAUGACAAAACCACAACGAUGGAGAGUAUCAACUCCACAGAUGUCACACGGCGAGAUCACUUUGCCUUUGGCUCAGGAAGGCGCGUGUGCCCCGGCUAUCAUGUUGCUGAGCGAUCUCUUGGAGUUUCUAUCAUGCGUAUACUCUGGGCAUUUGACAUCCAGCCUUCUCCGACAGCGAAGCUUCCACUAGAUUACUCACAAUACCGCGGACAGCCUCCAGGGAACCCGAAUAGCGAUCUACCCGUGUCUCUUUUGCCAAGAAAUGGGAAAGAUGGACUUAUAAGAAAAGCCUUUGAUGAGGCGACACGAGACAGAGCACCUAUGGCUCAGCUCUCGACAUAG